CCUGUGGGCGCCGGGCUUCCGGAGUCUCCGCUCUCUCAGCACACCCCUCUCUGAGCCUGUUGCUUCUCUCUCAAGCAGAACAGGACCGGAAGAGGCCAUGCACGCACAGUGCUGGGCACAGAGGCAGCCAUCAAUAAAUGGGAGUCGUUGCUCCGGCUAUUGUAAUCUGUCGGUUCAUUCUACAGGCUUCCCUGGCUCGGGGUGAACUGCACAGACGGCUCUCAGCAGGGUCCAGGAGACUGCACAACUCCUGUGUCUGAAGCUUUUGUAAGAGAGAAAUUGGGCCUGGAAACCAAGAUUCGAGGGUCAUCAAAGAGGCCCUCGUCCCCACCCCUAGAAGACAGCGGAACUGAGAAAAGAAGAGGCCUGUGGACAGAAAAGUCAUGUCGGACUCCCUGGUGGUGUGCGAGGUGGACCCAGAGCUAAAGGAAAAGCUGAGGAAAUUCCGCUUUCGAAAAGAGACAGAUAAUGCAGCCAUAAUAAUGAAGGUGGACAAAGACCGGCAGAUGGUGGUGCUGGAGGAAGAAUUUCAGAACAUUUCUCCAGAGGAACUAAAAAUGGAGUUGCCAGAAAGACAGCCAAGGUUCGUGGUUUACAGCUACAAGUAUGUGCACGAAGAUGGCCGAGUGUCCUACCCCUUGUGUUUCAUCUUCUCCAGCCCUGUGGGCUGCAAGCCCGAACAACAGAUGAUGUAUGCAGGGAGUAAAAACAGACUGGUGCAGACUGCAGAGCUCACAAAGGUGUUUGAAAUCCGCACCACUGAUGACCUCACCGAGGCCUGGCUCCAAGAGAAGUUGUCUUUCUUUCGUUGACCUCUGGGUUGGGGAUCUGAAUUCCUGAUGUCUGAGUCCCCAAAGGAACUGGGGAUUCAGACCCCUAGGACCUGAACAUCCGAGACCCCGAAGAAAUUAAACUGCAAGAACUCAGAGAUCCUC